GGGUAUUAGCAAGCAGAAGGCUAACAUGACCUUGUCACAUUGGGAAUGGUGGAGGUUUCUUGGCUCUGGAACUCUCUUCUCUGGAGGAAGAAAAAGCUCUGAGUCUUGGAGUCCCCUAUUCAGCAUCAGCAGUAAGGGCAGAAUUGUGGCAUGGCUAUGAAGUUUAUCCUUAUCUUCGUUCUCUUGGCUGGUGGAUUUUCCUCUAAUGACAAAGAUGAACAGAAGGAAGAUCCUGCCCCCUACCUGGUCUACUUCAGGUCCGAUAUGAACCCCUGUGUGGGAGUCCUCAUUCAUCAACAAUGGGUGUUGGCAGCUACUCACUGCUACUUACCAAACCUCAUAUUGGUGCUGGGGAAUUCCAAGAUCGGAUCGAAGGAUAAAACUGAGCAGAUUUUUAAGCCAAUAGAAGUUAUUCGCUACUGGAACGAAAGUGAUGAAUACCAAGAGCAUGAUAUCAUGCUGCUCAAGCUGCACCGGCCUGUAACCCUCAACCCCAAGGUCCAGCCCAUAGACCUGCCCACUCGAAACUUCCCAGAGGGUACUGAGUGCACAAUCUCUGGCUUGGACUGGAGCAUGGACAAUCUCGGCAACCACCCAGACCUGAGGCAGAACAUAAAAGCACCUCUGAUCUCUGAAAAGGAGUGCAAGAAAACCAGGCAAGGAAGAAUCAUCAAGCACGGGAUAUGUGUCAAGUUUUCAAAGUUAUUUGAGAGACUCUUUGUGGAGCUUGCCGUUGCUACUGUCAUAUGCCAAGACACAAUUCAAGGGAUAGAAGUGGGGCAUUUCCUAGGAGACAAUAUUGGUGUCUACACCAAUAUUUACUACUAUGUCCCUUGGAUACAGAACAUCAUGUCUACAAGAUGAAUUCUGUCUCUCUGCUCCCUCUGAUAUAAGAUGUUGUGAGGGAAAUUUUUUUAAAAGCCACCACAAAGACAGGAUGGUAUUAAAAGGUCUACU